AGCAGAGAUCAAAGUCAGCAAAGAGAUGCAUGACAAGUCCACGAUUGAGGUGAUCCUCCGGCCAAAGGUGGGGUUACCCGUAUCAAGUGGAUGGAUCCCGAUGAGAUGCCGAUCUCCUUCUCUUACUAGGUCACAGUCGCCCUGAUGUCCACCUCAACUAUGGCCCACAUGGCAACAGCGUUGUCUUCGGUGAUGGUGAAUACAGGUUGGCUGCAGCGCUCCUUGUCUUCAUUGGACAAUAUCAUGCACCGAAAUUCAGGGCGUUGCUUCCUCCCAAAAACAGCUCGCAGUUGGACAAAACUCUCCUGCUUUCGCAGACCACUCUUGUAGUCGCAGAAGAUCAUGGUUCUCCAGUGGCCUCUGAUGAGUUCCGAAACGAGUUGGUGAAGGAAGUGAGCAUGCUGGCACCUUCGGUGUGCCUUGACAUUUCACAAGAAGUUUAUCAGAGGUUACAGUUCACAACCAGUCAGAGUGUAUCUACUCUACAGAUGCACUGCACAUCCAGAAACUUAUUGCACAUCCCUUGUAUUUCAUAUGUGUGCAACGUUACUUUCCAUUGAACAUCCAACAUCAGUAAAUGCAGCCAUACAAGAAAAGAACCAGGAACAGUUGAUUCGGGAGACAUGUGAGUCUGUGAUCUUAGGGACCCUGCAUCCUCGAACAUCAAUUACCAUCGUACUCCAGGUCAUUAAUGAUGGGGGCUCUUUACUGGCCUGCUGCCUGAAUGCGGCCUGCAUGGGUUUGGUGGAUGCUGGCCUCCCUAUGCGCUCUAUGUUCUGUGGGGUCACCUGUGCCCUGGACACCGAUGAUCAGUUAAUCCUCGAUCCCAACACCAAACAGCAAAAGGAGAGCCGUGCAGUGUUGACAUUUGCCAUCGAGAGUACAGAAAAGAAAGUUUUAAUGGUUUCAUCUAGAGGCGUAUUUUCAUCUGCUGAGGUUUGCUGCAUCUCGCCCAAUGACUGCCCUGCAGGGCGCUUAAUGCAUAAUCAUCUGUCCCUGGUACCCACUCCUCAGCACCUCUGCUGGUGCCCUCCCACAUCCAGCUCCAGCAGUGUAUUGCAGCCGCCCAACUCUCAGCCCAAAAAAUCUUCCACUUCUACAGAGACUCUGCCAAGAGGCGAUAUUCCAAAUCAUGACAAGGAGCCGCACCUCCGCCUUUGUUCUCUCCUGAAGGCAACGUUGUGCACAGAGAAUGGGGAGGGGGAAUACUUAAGGUUUGAUGUACCUGAGACGUCUCCUCGAACUACUUUUCCGACUAUUUGAAUAUUGUGUCUUUACUGUCUACAUAUUAUUUUUUCCUCUCUUUGUUCAUUCUUGAUUCUUUGUACCUAUCCAAUUCCUGUCUCUUGCUACGAUAACGAAAAUGUACAUAUUGCCUAAAAACAGAGCAGCCAUUCAGUAUGCAGGCUUUCAAUUAGCUAGGAACGAGUGACAUCUCAGAGGCAUGAGGCUCAGCUUGCCUCUUUGAGGUCACUGGUUCUUGGUAUAUUGGUGGUCAGCAUUCUUGUGAAUGUUUGGUCAGCCUGCAAAAUUACUGCCUACAUUGGGGCAGAUGUAUUAACCUGGAGAAGGCAUAAGGAAGGGAUAAACCAGUGAUAAAUGCAAGGUGAUAAACGCACCAGCCAAUCAGCUCCCAUAUGUAAAUUAACAGUUAGGAACUGAUUGGCUGGUGCACUAUCACCUUGCACUUAACACUGCUUUACCACUGGUUUAUCACUUCCUUAUGCCUUCUCCAGGUUAAUACAUCUGCCCCAGAGUGCUUUGGUGACGAGUGUACUUUAACCCUGUCAAUGGGCCUUUCUAUAGAUCCUUAUCUUCCCAGUAGCCUUAGUUGGGAGGCAUUCAAUUUGCCGGCUGUCGGGAUCCCGGCGGUCAGGAUGCCGACGCCGGAAUCCCAACUCCCGGUGGAUUGCCAGUGGUCAGAGUCCCGACUGCCACCACCCGUGGGAGAAUAGAUUAGUGUGGCGACCAAAGUUCUGCAGCGAGACCGUGGCGGGACCUGCUGCACUCGCCACCGGUAAUCCAGCUGUCGGAAAUUCAGGCGUCGGUCUGCUGACUGCCGGGACCUCGACAGCCAGCAUAUCAUACUGAGUCCCCUUAUUUACGCUCACAGAGGAAUAAGACUAUAGCGUAAUAUGCAGCCUGAAAGGUUCAAACAAAAUCUACAGUCCAUGCAAUAAUAAUGGACUGUAAAUAAUAAUUUUGUAAACUAGCAUGUAUUAAUCCAUAUGACCAUUUUCCUUUAUUUUGUAGUUUGUGCACUAAAUAAAUUGUUUUAAUAAA